AUGGCGUCGCUCCUCAAAAAGUCGCUCAAGCUCGCGCUGAUCCAACUCGCCUCGGGGGCGGACAAGACGGCCAACCUCAGGUCUGCGCGGCAAAAAGUGCUCGAUGCCUCCAAGGCGGGAGCCAAGCUGGUGGUGCUGCCCGAAUGCUUCAACUCGCCGUACGGCACAAAGUACUUUGACCGGUACGCCGAGACGCUGCUGCCAUCGCCGCCGUCGGAGUCGCAGUCGCAGACGUUCCACGCGCUGUCGCAACUCGCAAAGGAAGCAGGCGUGUACCUGGUGGGCGGAAGCAUACCGGAGCGCGACAGCCAGGACAGCAAGAAGCUGUACAACACCAGCCUGACGUUUGGGCCGAGCGGCGAGCUAAUCGCGACGCAUAGAAAGGUGCACCUGUUUGACAUUGACAUCCCGGGCAAGAUCCGGUUCAAGGAGAGCGAGGUGCUGUCGCCGGGGAACAAGAUCACGUUGGUGGAGCUGCCCGAGUACGGCAAGAUUGCCAUUGCCAUUUGCUACGACAUCCGGUUCCCCGAGCUGGCCAUGAUUGCAGCGCGCAAGGGGGCGUUUCUGCUGCUGUACCCGGGGGCGUUCAAUCUCACGACGGGGGCGCUGCAUUGGGAGUUGUUGGCUCGGGCGCGGGCAACGGACAAUCAGGUGUACGUGGGACUGUGCAGCCCGGCGCGCGACAUGCAGGCCGAGUACAAUGCGUGGGGACAUAGCAUGGUGGUGGACGCGAAUGCGCAGGUGGUGGAGCAGCUGGACGAGAAGGAGGGCGUGUUGAUGGCGGAGCUGGAGGCGGGCAAGAUUGAGGAGGUGAGGAAGGGGGUGCCGCUGUAUGGGCAGAGGCGGUUUGAUGUGUAUCCUGAUGUCAGCGAAGGCGGCAGGUUUGAGGAGGGAGCAUGA